AUGUCGACUCCGGCCGCAAACUUGGGAGACUUCCUUCUCGACGACGACCAAACGACGAUCACCACGGUUUCCCGCGAGUCGACUCCUCGGAGUCCCUCGUGGCCUCCACUAUCUCCUGAGACGUUGGCAAAGUCGCUGCGCGAGGGUGCGGAGUGGGACCGAGCUAAUGCCGAAGCUGCUGCACGUGUCCAAGCAGAAAAGGAGGCGAUCAUCAACGCCCAACUCGACGCGGAGGAACCGCUCGUUCGCCACCAAUUUGCAGAGUGGGGUCAGGAAGAUGGACAACUGCGAUUCAUCAACAUUCGUGGCACCGGCUCCGGGUCGAACAAGAAGAUGAAGAGGUCGCAAACGGUGGCCGAUCUCAGCAAUCCGAGCGACGACCCGGUCGAUAUCAAGCGCGUUCUGAACAGGGUCAAAGGUCGAGCAGGAAAGGAGGUAGCGGGUCAGGGGAAGAGGGUGACGAGGUCGAUGUCGGCGGCGGCGGCAAUGCAGGUCGAGGGGGCCAAGGCGAAAGCGGAGAAGGGUAAAGGGGUGGAGGAGGAGAAGCGCUGGUCCGACCACGAGCCCGAGGAUGACAUUCUCCCCGAAUUCCCACUCUUUGAGGACGACACUACCGCCAAGAGCACGUCUACAUCGUCUACCCAAUAAUGAUCAAGCACACCAUCACCAGCUGGAACGUGAGGAGGUGCAUGGGGAUCCCGGAAAAGCGACGCAACAUUUACACCUAUUUAUCAACAUUCAAAGCAUCCGCCAUUCUACUACAAGAACACUUCAUCAAACCGGAACUCUGGCAAUGUAUCAAGGACGAGUACGAGGGCAAGGUCUUCAUCAGCAAACACUGUCUGACUCUGAUCCCCGCCGACUCGCCCCUGAUCGACACCGAGAUUUUGCGCACCCACUCGGCACUCGACGGACGAAUCCUGGUCACCUCCUUUCGACUUCGAGGCGACAUCCGGAUACUCGAGAUCAACAACAUUUACGCACCAGUCGAUACAAAACAACGACUCACAUUCUUUGACAAACUACAUUUCCACAGGACGCAGAGCACCCACCUUCGACUCCUCGGCGGCGAUCUCAACGACUGCCCGCUGCCGGCGAUCGAUCGGCGGAACCAAGGUCGGCACGGCCAUCACUGGCCGAUCCUGAUCGGCAAGCUCGACUCGCCCUACACCGACUGCAUACGAUUCAAACACCCGCUCACACCAUCUUUCACUCGACCCAACAUCGUCCGCAAGCGACCAAAGUCCUUUUCACGACUUGACUACUUCCUUCUGCAGCGCACCCACCAAAAGCGACUCGUCCAAGCCUCGACGAUCUACGACCACCCCAAGGACCUUUCGGAUCACCGACCGGUCUCGAUCGUCCUAGUUCUCUCGGAUGAGCGAGGAGACGCGGCUCAACCCAACGACAUCAAACCAAUUACAUCGUAUCAACGCGGCGACCUUCAAGACGGCGGAGUUCCAGGGGAUGUUGGAAGGAUGGUUGGAAGGAGCGAGUGGGGAGGAACCGGUGGGGGAGCUCGAGGUGGUGCUGGGGAACUGCGCGAAGGAGGGUCGGGAGCUGGCGAGGAGGGAGCAUCGGGAGCGGGUGGAGCGGAUGGCGGUCUUGGUGGGAAGGGUGCAGGAUCUGGAGGUGUUGCCGGUGAUGGGGGACGAGGAGACGGCCGAAUGGACGCGGACGACGGAGGAACUUAGGCGAGCGGUCAACGAGCGCAUGCGCCAACUUCGGAUCCGAGCCCACGUACCCGAAAUCGCUACCGAGGAACGACUGUCACGGCCGGUCCACGCCAAGCUCGCGGCACGGAGUUCGGAUUCCAAGAUCACAGCACUGCGAUUGCCCAACGGAGAGCUGACACAUGACAUUGACGUCGCGCUUGACCACACACAGGCGCACUUUCAGCGCCUCUACGAUCUCGAGCCGCGCGAUCGGGACCACGUCGAGCGACUUAGGGACGAUUUCUUGGCGCCGAUCAGGUCGGCGCGCACUUGCGAUGACCCGAGCUCGGACCCGCUCUUUCUGCGACGACUCUCGGAAGCGCACAUCGAGCUGCUGCAGCAACCCAUCACCGAGGACGAGGUCGUAGCCGCAAUCGCAACAACAUACCCCGGUCGAUCGCCAGGUCCAUCUGGCGUGCCCUACGAGCUCUAUCACACAGCGCCGCGGGCGUGGGCCAAGGCGCUGAGCAGGGCCUUCAACGCGAUGACCGAGUGCGGCUCGCUUUCACCGAAGCAGGGGCAAGGACUCGCUCGCCUGCUCUUCAAGCACCACAAGAUCGGGGCCGAUCGCGCCGAGCUCUCGUCGUACCGGCCCAUCACCUUGCGCGAGUGCGACUACAAGCUCUUCACCAAGGUCUACGUUGCGCGACUCAACCACGUGCUGCCGGACCUGCUCCCACCGCAACAGCACGGCUUCGUCAAGGGCCGCCGAUCGGCGGACACGUCAUUCCACCUGCGACUCUUGAUCGAGGAGCUGGGCGCGCGCGGCACCGAGUUCCCUGACGCGGCGCUCUUGUCUCUUGACCAAUCGUUGGCUUACGACCUCGUCGAGCACGAAUGGAUCUUCGCCAUCUUCGACGCUCUCGGCGCUCCUGCCGCCUUCCAACGUGUUCUGAGGAUGCUCUACUCGGGUGACUCAACCACGGCGCGAUAUAUCAUCAACGGCUUCUUGACUCCGCCGGUGCGGCUGACGUGUGGGCUCGGCCUGUGAGGAAUCCACUCUCCGCUCGGCUCAGGACUUAGGCGCGCGGAGCGAACCGGGCGCGGACUUAGGCGCGCGGAGUGAGCCGGGCGCCCCGGCCCAGGACUUAGGCGCGCGAAGCGAGCCUGGGACUUAG